CUACUCAUCGAUCACCACCAGUGUAUCUCCAUCUCGCUGGAAAGCCUCCAUACCUGUAAAAGAUUCAUUAGAAUGGCGGCGGAGUCUGCCUGGUGCUGGCCGUGGCUCGGCUCCGGCGCGGCGUGUUUCCUCUUCUUCAACGUCGUCGUCGGCGCCGUGGCCGUCUUGUCCUGGGCGCAGGGCGGCGACGCGCAGGUGGCUAGGCGGAGGAGGCUCACCCGGAGCGCGUCGUCCAUGGUCAUGGAGCGCCUCCGCUCCAUGUCCGUCUUCGCCGCCUUCCACUCCGUGCCCGAGCACGACUACGACAGCGGCCUCACGCCGCCGGCGUCGCCGUCGCAGCUCCACCACGUGCAAGAGUACUACACGUCGUCGCAAGAAGAGGGAGGAGAGGAGAUCAGGCACGCGGUGAGGCCAGAGCCGACCCUGCCGGCCGGAGAAAGCAUGACGGCAACGGUGGCUCCGUCGACACAGAGUGCUCCUGGUGCAGCAGCCGAAGCGGGACUGCGUUCAGCGGCUUCGAUGUCAGGGAGCGACAAGGCAGGAGCAGAGACGCGGACGGAGACGUCUUGGUCUAGAUGCUUGGGAGACGCGUGCACAGCAGUAGCGUUAGCGUUCCGGCAGCGAGACGCGCCGGCGCCGGAGCCAACGCCAGCCACGGCGGCCGCCAAGGGUGCUACGACGGAGAAGCUGAGGAAGCGGGAGCCGGCGAAGGUGGCGGAGAUCGUCGAGCGGCGCGCGUACGCGGAGGUAGAAGAGAAGGCGGAGGUGAACGCGCGGGCCGAGCGGUUCAUCCGGCAGUUCCGGGAGGAGCUCAAGCUGGAGCGCAUCAAAUCCAUGCUCAACCAGAGCGCCGCCGCCGCCGCAUCGGCACGGUAGCUAUUGCCGUUCAUGGUUCGCCGGCGCAUCGCGACUGCUCUAGUGCCUUUUCUAGUUUUGUUAGCGUGGUCUACUAGAAAAUGUUGGUUUCUUUGUUUCGAUCUAUAUGUAUGCUUCCCUA